GUUAUAACUCGGCCAAAUCUUUUCCUUUCCGCGGCGGACAACCUUAGCCGUGGUCCUCCAAUGACCACGUUCACCCCCUCUCCAAACCCUCUUCCUCAUUCCUAAGAUCUCUAUACUUUCCCCAUAAAUCUCCCAUCACCAACGUUCCUCUUCUUCAUGAACCCAAAUUACUACCGCCAACGAAAUGUUAAAACCCUUCAUCAAAUCACCGUCUUUCCUGAAAAACCAUCUCCAUUUGCUCUUUUUUUCUUCGAAAUCCAACUACUCUGCGAGUGAAUCCCCCUUCUCCAGCUUAAUAUCCAAAGUUAUUGAUGUUCUAUCCGGCGAUCCUCACUGGCCUAGAAACCCUGAGCUCAAUCGUGUAGCCCCUGCGCUCAGACCCCAUCAUGUUUCCAAUAUUAUCAAUACCCACAAGAAUACAGACACUGCACUGCGGUUCUUUUAUUGGAUUUCCAGGAGGCAUUUUUACAAACACGACAUGGACUGUUUUAUGUCAAUGCUAAAUAGGCUCGUGAGGGAUGGAAUCUUUGCUCCUGCUGAUCAUGUUAGGAUUUUGAUGAUCAAAUCUUGUAGAAAUGAGGAAGAGCUUAAAUGGGUAACUGAAUACUUGAAUGGAAUUACUGCUAAUGGUGUUUUCGGCUUUACUUUGUACAGUUUUAAUACUCUUUUGCUUCAGUUGGGCAAGUUCGACUUGGUCACUUUAGCUCACAAUGUUUAUACUCAACUUUUGAGUAGUGGGGUUAAGCCUAGUUUACUGACAUUCAAUACCAUGAUUAAUAUUUUUUGCAAGAAAGGAAAAGUGCAAGAGGCUAUGUUAGUUUUUAGUAAGAUUUUUCAGUUUGACUUGUGCCCUGAUGUGUUUACAUAUACUUCAUUGAUUCUUGGGCAUUGUAGGAAUCGUAAUUUGGAUAAAGCUUUUGAAGUCUUUGAUAGGAUGGUUAAGGAUGGUUGUGAUCCUAAUUCAGUCACAUAUUCAACUUUGAUCAAUGCUUUAUGCAGUGAAGGGAGGAUCGAUGAGGCAAUGGAUAUGCUUGAAGAAAUGACUGAGAAAGGGAUUGAACCAACAGUCUAUACCUAUACUGUGCCAAUUCGUUCUUUGUGUGAUGUUGGGCGUGUGGAUGAGGCCAUUAGUCUUCUGAGAAGUAUGAGGGAGAGGGGUUGUAGCCCAAAUGUGCAAACAUAUACAGCACUUAUUAGUGGGCUGUUUCAAGGAGGGAAAAUGGAAGUAGCAAUAGGGCUAUACCACAGAAUGCUGAAGGAAGGUUUGGUUCCAAACACAGUUACAUAUAAUGCAUUGAUAAAUGAAUUGUGUGCAGAAGGGAGAUUUGGAAUUGCUUUGAAGAUUUUUUAUUGGAUGGAAGGACGAGGUACCUUGGCAAAUGCACAAACAUAUAAUCAAAUUAUAAAGGGGUUGUUCACCAUGGAUGAUAUUGAUAAGGCAAUGAUUGUUUUUAAUAAAAUGCUUAAGGAUGGUCCAUCUCCUAAUGUGGUAACAUAUAAUACGCUUAUUGUUGAAAACCUCAAAAGGGGUUAUCGGAACAAUGCUAUGAGAUUUUUGGAUAUGAUGAAGGAGAGUGGUUGUGAACCUGAUGAGAGGACUUAUUGUGAACUUAUUUCAGGCUUUUGCAAGGGAGGCAAAUUGGACUCUGCCACUACUUUUUUCUGUGAGAUGGUUCAACGUGGCAUAAGCCCAAAUCAAUGGACUUAUACAGCCAUGAUUGAUGGUUAUUGCAAAGAGGGGAAGAUGGAUGUUGCAUUGUCAUUAUUUGAUAGGAUGGAAGAAGAUGGUUGUUCUCCUUCUAUUGAAACUUAUAAUGCCGUUAUAAGUGGGUUGUCUAAAGAUAAUAGAUAUGUGGAAGCUGAGAAAUUUUGUGCUAAGAUGACUCAGCAAGGAUUGCAACCAAACACCAUCACUUACACUUCUUUGAUUGAUGGACUCUGUAGGAAUGGUGGGACCGACUUGGCAUUCAAGAUUUUCCAUGAAAUGGAAAAGAAUAAUUGUCUGCCAAAUGUGCACACAUAUACUUCUCUUAUUUAUGGCUUAUGUCAAGAAGGCAAGGUUGAUUCUGCAGAGAGGUUGCUUCAAGAAAUGGAGAUAAAAAGAUUGGUUCCUGACGAGGUUACAUUUACCUCUCUUAUUGAUGGUUUUGUUUUGCUUGGAAGGCUGGAUCAUGCAUUUGUGCUUCUUCGGCGGAUGGUUGAUAUGGGUUGCAAACCCAACUAUAGAACUUACAAUGUAUUGUUAAAAGGAUUGCAUAAAGAAUGUCAGUUACUCACAGAAAGGGUAAUGGCGCAGAAUGAGACUCUCUAUGGUUGCAGCUCAGAUGAAAAAGUAUCAACUUUUGAAUUGAUCGGUAAUCUCUUGUUAAGGCUCUCAGAGAAUGGAUGUGAACCUACCAUUGAGGUGUACAAUACUCUAGUCAGUGGCUUGUGUAGGGAAGGCAAAUCUUAUGAGGCAAGUCAGUUGGUAGAAGAUAUGAAAGAGAAAGGCUUAUCUCCUAGUAUGGAUAUCUUAUGCUCACUUUUAGUGGCUCAGUGUAAGAAUCUAGAAGUGGACUCUGCUUUGGGAAUAUUCAAUUUACUGGCAGUUAAGGGCAUCAAGCCAUAUCUUUCUAUCUAUAAGGUGCUCAUUUGUGCACUCUGCAGAUCAAGCAGGGUGGAAGAAGCUCAGAGCUUAUUUCAUAGCUUGCUCGAAGAGAAAUGGAAUAGUGAUCUGAUUGUUUGGACAGUUUUAAUUGAUGGGCUACUGCACGAAGGGCAGUCGGAUGUAUGCAUGAAGUUUCUCCAUCUCAUGGAAUCUAGAAACUGUGCUCUCAGUUUGUAUACAUAUCUAAGUUUGGCAAGAGAACUAUCUAAAGUUCGCAAAUCAUCGGAAACAAAUAAAAUCAGCAAAGAGAAUAGGCAGUUGAGCGUCCCUUCAUAAUUGUCAUCACAUACAAAAGUGUGUUGUCUCAAUGAAGAUCUAUUGCUGCAUCUGUAAGAUGCACCCCAGUAACAUACGUAGAAGAUGAAGAAGCUUAUGCUGUGUUGUUGGAAAAUGCUGAUCAUAUCCAGGAAUAGUGAGUGUCGCAGCUGGAAGUAGCAAUGACAUGGAUUGAAGAGUAACUGUGAUUAUUGCAAUCCUAAGCAGGAAAUAGCUGAAUUGCUGGAAUGAUAUAACAUGAUAGACUGAAAGACUUCUUGAGUUCUGAUUGAAUUGUCGUUUACUUGAAAAUGAUUGGAAAAGGUUCCACAUGUUCUACAGCAAAAGCUGCAAGCAUUUUGUGCAGCAAGAGAAUUCUGGUCUGGAAGACCAUGUGAUUCCAAUUAUUGGUUCAUGAAAUGGGAUGCUCAACAGGACCACCACUCAAAAUGAAUGCAACUUUGCAUUGACAUGCCACUGUUCUGUGGAUUUUGACCUUAUUAGAUCUUUUAGUUGAAAGCCAUAAAAGCAGAUGAGGUGAAAUGAUCCUAAUUUGUGUAACCAAAGAUUCAUUUUGGACCAUUCAACUUCAAAAGAUUGCUUGAGGAGUAUCACUAACUCCAAGGCAUGAGAGUUCAAAUUCCAUUGUAAAAGAUUGACGUUAUCUUUAAAUUCUGAGAAAGUGAAUGAUUUUUUCUUUUUUGUAUUUUUUUUCCUGGAAUGUUUUCCUUAACAUUUUACUCGAUGUUAGUGUCAAGCAUACCACUCCAAACUUGAUUUGUCUUAGUGAACCUGUCUUUAUGCUUAGCAAAUGCUAAUCAUUUUCCAUGCAAAUUGAACUUUCAAAUCGAUAACCGUUGGGUCUCACGUCCGUUUGGGCUGAGUUAGGGCUCACGAAAGCAAAUCAGGCCCUGAGCUCGGAACGUCCCUAGACAGGCCUGCUCAGCGAAUUCAGCCUGGGCUCCAACAUGCAUGACAGGCGGGGUCGUCCACGAGUCCAAGCCCGGAAAGAAGGAAGCCGGCACGGUGAUGGGACAUGGGGAGAAACGAGCAGGUUCCGUCCCUUCACAGCCCUAUUCGCAUGCGUACUGAAGAAAAUUAAAUGGCCCAUGCGUAUUGAAGAAAAUUAAAUGGCCGUCUAAUAUAGGUAAGAUGACUGACAAUACUGUACAUAUGGGGGUUCUGCUUGACAGAGAUGGGUGCCACAGAGAGACCGUAAGGCGUCAUUAACAAGUUAGAAGAAAAGAAUAAAAGGGGGAAAAUCUUUAAGCUUAAGGGGACAUAUUGUAAACUUUAUUCUCUAGAUUUUAGAUCAUCACAAAUAAUUUAUUUUUCGGUUGAAAUAAAAAUGUUUCACUAGAAUUCAGUGUAAGUAUUUUUUUUUAUUAAUUAUUUAAAAUGGAAUAAUAUAAUUAAUAAUUGAAAUAAGGUAUGCUUGAAAAACAAUUUAUUUAAAUUAUUUUUUUUCAAAAUGAAUUGUUUUAACCGAAACACUAGAGAAAUUACCAGAAAAGAACAAGUGGAAGAAAGGUAAGCUGUUGGAUGAUCUUCUCAAGAGAAAGGCAGAGUUGAUGGAUCAUACUGGCUGGACUCAUUUGGCUCAAAAGGAAAAGGUGCAAAAUCUAAUAAUUCGUGGAUUUUCUCUCUUAAUCUCAAAGAAGAGGUCUUACAAAAAACAUUAAAAAAAAAAAAAACCUUGUGAUGGAUUUGUCCUUUUGCAUUCACUAACCUUAUUAGACUCCAAUCAAAGGCAAAAAGAAUAGGUACGAGAGAGAGUUGAAAAUAAGAAAAAAAUAAUAACAUCAAUACAAAAUUCACACCAUCUUCUCCCAAGUUCUAAAAUACAACACGACACUGCAUUACCUAACCAUUUAUUCCCUUGAAGCAUCCUUACAAAUGCUACUCUCCAACCUCAUUUGGCUUCUCGUCUUCACCUUCUUCCUCCUUCCAAAAGUCCCUUUGCCUUCACAUCCACCAACCCACCCCUCUAUAUACUACCCUUGGUUCUUUUCGCCUUGGAGUUUGCUACUCGUUAGCUGAUUCUCAUUUAUAUAUCAAAUCACCCCGAAUCAAAUUUAACUAUGUAACUCAAGAUUGCCUAAAAUUAGCUAACCCAUUUCUCCUAUAUUUAUGAAGGACCCCCAACACAGGCCUUGAAGCCAAUAGCCAAACAAUUUUCACACACACAAAAAAGAAAAAGAAAAAAAAAGGGGAAAAUUAUCAGAUGGGUAGGCAAAAUGGUGAUGCAACUGUGGCAAGUUCCUCCAUAGCACUUCUUCAAGAAAGAUUCAGAGAACUGCAGAAAAUAAGGGAGAAGAGACAGGAGAAAGAACUUCUGAAGCUGUUUUCAGAAUCUGAAAGGCCAGGUAUGCAUUUUGAAUCCAGCAGGUUGAGCUUUGAGCAACCUGAGAUGAUCCUUCCAAGUAGGGUACCUGCCCUUCAGGAUUCUCAUCUCUCCCUUAGACUCAAUUCACAGAGCAAUAAUCAUGGAGAUAUUGUGAAGACCUCAACAAGCUUAUGGCCCAAAUCUGGAAGCUCAUCAAGGAAUCUUGAAAGUUCUGAUGUCGAUACCUCUCUUCAUCUCUAAAUAGUAGAGAUAUAUAUCUGGUAAUUUCCUGUAAUUUUGAUUAUAUAUAUGUGUAUGUUAAUAAAUUUUGUCACCUUUUUUUCUAUAUAAAAAUGGAAGAGUAAUGUAAUCCUAAACUAUGUUUUUUUCAUAUUGCCAUGAACAAUUUUAUGGCCAUUUCUCCAUCCUAUGGCAAAUUGUUUGAAACACUUCAAGGCAUGAAAGUUGAUCAAAAUUAAGUAUUGGGGUUUCUGAAAGAUUAAUUUGCAGGCAAGAAUUUAAUACUAAUCAUUAAAAUAGUUAUUUGUGUUUGAUUCAUGAUCAAAA